UUUAUGAGGCACCAAGAUCCUGAAGCCACACAUGUCCGCUAAGGUACUGAGAGCCCCGAGGGUGGCGGCCAUCCUCCUGGCCGUGGUCCUGGCGGCGGUGCUCGCCACGGCCGUGAACGGCGCCCAGAGGUGCGGCGACCAGGCCCGCGGCGCAAAGUGCCCCAACUGCCUCUGCUGCGGUAAAUACGGCUUCUGCGGCAGUGGCGACGCCUACUGCGGCGCCGGCAGCUGCCAGAGCCAGUGCCGCGGCUGCCGGGACGACGUCGUGGGGCAGGCGUUGCCGGCCGAACCGGGUUCUACAAGAGCUACUGCGGCGUCCUCGGCGUCGGCCAGGGGAUUAAACUUGACUGCUACAACCGGAGGCCCUUGAACGGCUGGGCUCGCGUCGCAGUGAAGACGCCCGGUGACUACAUAGAGCGUGAGCCCUGGACGAAUAAUCUCGACAAGUACUAGUAUGUGAAAAAAUAUAUAAAAAAUGGACGUAUGAUUUCCCAUUUGUCUUGUCUUAUCGUGCAUCAGCAUCUUUUUGUCUUCAAUAAGAAAUGGGACAGAGAACUUGCCGGUGGUAA